AUGACUUCACCAACUUCCAACUACAGCUGCAACACCUGCUCAACGACAUUCGACUCAAGUGAGACGCAGCGCUCACAUAUGCGAGAAGAUUGGCACCUACACAACCUAAGACUCCGCAUGUCUUCGCUCCCUGCCAUCCCUCGUUCGCAAUUCCAGGACAAGGCCGAAAUAGUAACAUCCCCUCCCAACUUGACAUGUCCGACCUGCAACCACAAGUGCGAAACUUCCGUCGCAUAUGAACAGCAUGUGGAACGGCAUGCUAGGGGGAACGGCCCCGAAGCUUCCCCUCCCUCACCCGAAAACGACGACGACGAAGACGAGGAAGAGCUAAAAAAGCUAGAUCUAUCGCAGUGUCUCUUCUGCAGCCUCCAGUCAACGACCUUAGAAACGAACCUCGACCACAUGCUCGCCCAACACGGGCUUUUCAUCCCCGAACCAGAAAGUUUGACCGAUAUAGAAAUAUUCCUCGGCUAUCUCGCCGCGAUCGUCCGCCAUUACCAUGAAUGCCUGUACUGCGGUGUCCAGAAAGGAUCCGUCGAGGGCGUUCAGAGGCAUAUGAAGGACAAAGGCCACUGCAUGAUCAAGCUAGAUGCCGGAUCUGAGCUCCUGGACUUCUGGGACUCCCCGCCGGACGUCGAUGAGGGAGGGGACGAGGAAGGUGGCGAGAAAGGCAAGGGGUGGGAAGCGGUGCGGGUGUCAGAUACGGAGCUGCGGCUCGCUUCCGGCACAAUCGUGGAGUCCAGAUCGAGGAGCGCACACAGCCGUCAUAAUCUCACCAAGACUCGGACCGGCGCCAAGAAAGCACGAAUGAAGGCCAUCGCGGACGCCGCCGAAAGCGGCGAGCCACAGACGUCCACAGCCAAUGCUAGACCGAGUAGGGAUACUCGCGUCGCAGUUCGCGGAGAGAUGGGCUUGGUCGGCGUGACAGAGCAGCAAAGGAGAGCGCUCAUGGUGGUCGAGAAGAAGAUGAAAAAGCGCGAGACCCUUUCGCGGGCGGCGGAGAGAUGGUCGAAGGAGAAGGUUGAGAAUAAGAAAAAGUACCUCAAAGUAUGCAUAAGCCGCAGCGGUGUUCAUAGCCUGGCGUUCAUGGUCCAAUGA